GACCCAUUUGAUAAUAUUGAUAGCCAAAAAAGUGUGGUAAAUGGAAUAAAAGGACAGAUUUUUGUGGUAACAUUGUUUUGAACUUGUAUAUUAGAGCCACGCGUAUCACUUAAACAAAAACCGAGCACAGGAAUUAAAACUGGGAAUUUUGAUCGAAGAAAAUGAUUAUUUUUAGAUACAUGUAUAUAGAUGGAUUUCGUUUCGUUCUAUAUUUAGUUUGUCAAAAGCUUCCUCAUUGUAACGAUUGUCAACAUAUUGACGCUUUUGACGAUAUUUAUUAUUUGCACAGCUUUGAUGACACAUGAAUUGUAAUGUCAGCUUCUCUGUGUUGCUGGAGGAGACAGCGCCCAGCUUGUGGUCAGGAACGGACAAAACAUAUAAAAAGGGGUCCAUUGGAAAAGAAAUUAGGAAAUGAGAUUGAAGUAAAGCUCGAAAUUUUAGAAAAUCCUGAGGCCUCUGAUGGCCAUGAGAGGAUGCUUAAUGGUUAUGUAAAAGAUCCAACUAUCCAUGGCGAAAGAAGGGAAGGCAUUGACAAGGACGCAUAUGACUACGCAGAAUUAAGAAUCGUACCAAGAAAGGCGUAUAUACAAAAGGAGAACAACGAAGACGAAGACGAUGAAGAUGGUGAUGGUUAUCAAGUCUACACCGGUCCAGUUCAAGCAGAAACUGAACAGAAGACAGAAAAUAUUGAUGUAAAUCAGACAUUAACAAAAAAGGACUAUAAGCAUGAUAAAAUGUCUAAACGGAAAUUAUCUGAUCAACAAACGACUAAGAUUUCACCGGAAGGUCAGUCAUCAUCGGGAGAAUUUAACUCUUAUGAAAAUUUAAAAAGUGAGGACAACUUCUAUGUAAACAGGUCAAACGGGAUGAUGUAUUCGGACUACGAAAAUGUGAAUAUUAAAGAAACUGAUAUCGGGAAAAUGGUGACUGUUCUUUCAAAAAAUGUAAUUGUUAAAACCGUAAAUGAACUCAUAGCUGGAAACACAAGUUCAAUGAAUAUAGAUCAUGUUGAGAACAUGGUCAUUAACAAUACAACAACUAUACAGUUUGUAAAUGCGAAAUUCGACAAGCCGACGAAAGAAAGCGAUAAAAAAUCACACACCUGGCCAUUAUAAUGAUGGAAAACUCAAAGCAACGUGAAUUUUUUUGUUAUGUUAUGUUUUCACUUUUCAUGUUUCAUGUUUCAGAGCGAUGUCUGCAUUUAUAUAUACUAUUAAACGUAUACCGCGACCCCAACCAUCUGAAAAUAUCGAAGAAAUAAGUACUGAUCCCCGUUACGUUAUUUAAAUCAAGAAUGAAAACAAAACUGAAAUCUGAGAAAGGAAAGUAAAACGUAAUAAACAGCCCAUGUUACUGAGAAGACACGCAUAAUACAGGAAAUUAAUUUCCUAGCUAUAAAAACAAUCAAGUAACGAUUUUAAAAGUUUUUUUAAACAGAAGAAUAAAUAACAAAACAUCAAAAAUUGUUCAAUAGAAAUCUUUAUGCCUAAAAAUGGAAAUU